GCACCUGCGACUGCGAUGCCGCCGUCUCUCCUCCUCCACCGCGCCCCAUGCGCCCGUCCCGGCCCCGCGCGCGCCGCCUCCCGCCUUUCCGCGUCGGUGGUCUCCGCCGCCAACGGCGCCGGAGGGUCCCGUCCCCCGAAGCCGCGCCCGCCCCCGCGCGGCAAGCCCCGGUUCUCGCGGCAGUCCGCCAUCAGGAAGAGCUUCCAGCAGGAGCAGGUGGUCUUCUCCACCCCGGUGCCCGCCGACCCCACCGUCGCCGUCAUCGGCGGCGGCGCGUCCGGCCUCGCCUGCGCCUCCGCCCUCGCCGCCCGCGGCGUCCGCUCCGUCGUCUUCGACACCGGGAAGCACGGCCUCGGCGGGAGGCUGGCGACCAGGACGGUCCACGAGGAGCGGCGGCUGGUGUUCGACCACGCGGCGCAGUUCUUCACCGCCAGCGACGAGAGGUUCCGGAAGCUGGUGGACGAGUGGGUCGACAGAGGGCUGGUGCGCGAGUGGACGGGCUCCGUCGGCGAGCUCCAGGCCGGUGGCCAGUUCACGCCCACGCCAUCCUCGACGCCGAGGUACAUCGGCGUCAACGGGAUGCGCCCGCUCGCCGAUGCGCUGCUGCCCGAGAAUGACCUCGUUAAAGUUGUACGGCCUUCGUGGAUAAGCAAGCUUGAGCCGUUCAACGGCCUGUGGCGCUUGUUUGAGAAUGAGAAGCCCCAGGGGCAAUACGAUGCAAUUGUAAUAGCACAUAAUGGGAAAUGUUCCAACCGUCUGCUUUCUACGUCAGGUCUACCCCAACUGACAAAGCAAAUGAAGAGACUGGACCUGAGUUCUGUCUGGGCACUACUUGCGGCAUUUGAAGAUCCUCUUCCAAUCCCACAUAAUAGUUCUCAUGGCGCAUUUGAAGGAGCCUUUGUGAGAGAUGUGGAUUCUCUCUCUUGGAUGGCCAACAAUACUCGGAAACUUUUCCCUUUGGAGGCAGACCGACCGGAGUGCUGGACAUUUUUCAGCACAGCUUCUUAUGGAAGAAAAAACAAAGUUCCACAGGAAAACAUCCCGAAUGCCACUGCAGAGAAAGUGAAACGAGAAAUGCUUGGGGGAGUUGAACUUGCUUUGGGACUCUCAAAGGGAUCACUUCAGCUACCAUUUUACACAAGAGUACAGUUGUGGGGUGCAGCUUUACCGAUGAACACUCCAGGAGUACCGUGCAUAUUUGAUCCCCAGGGGCGAGCAGGCAUUUGUGGUGACUGGCUCACGGGUUCCAGUAUAGAAGCGGCUGUACUGAGCGGAAUGUCUCUUGGAGAUCAUGUCGCUGACUACUUCGCGAGCCGUGGAGAACGACCCGAGGAGUUUGCGAUUGGUUUGGAUGACAGCUUAAUCCGAGUGGAAGGUCAUGAUAUUGGGCAGUUCCCCGGUCUAGACUCCCAGAAGCCACAGGUAGCUGAACCUCAGCUGACACUGAGCAUAUGAACCUUGCCUUGAUGAUCUUGCGCUGAUCAUUGCUGUAGCAUUGUAAAUGAUGAGCAGAUUAUUUUGUUGCAAAUAGUUCAUAUGUUGUAACCUUCUGAAUGUAACAUGUAACAGUGUACCAUGUAUGUAGAAAUUUUGUCAAAAGUAGAUGCUCCUGUAUGUAAUUCUUCA